UAAGUUAAAACAAAGGUGGGCUAGAUAUAGGGAUUUUGAAACGAAAGUUACAAGCCUAGAAAUUGUAGUGAAACAAAACCGCCAUUAAUGGCUCUCUACACUUCUCACUUCUCCAUUCAAUUUCCCACUACUCCCGCCAAAAUCCCAACUUUUAACCAUCUUAUUGCGCGCACUUCUAUCAUCCCGCUCUCUCAUCGCCGAACUCAAUCUCUCUCCUCAAUUCUGACUCUCCGAGCAAACCCACCUCAGAAAUACGUGUAUCCUGACCCUAUUCCAGAAUUCGCAGAAGCUGAAACACGAAAGUUCAAAAUUGAGCUAACGAAGACAUUAUCGAAAGAUGAACACGCCUUUGGGGAUGAACUUGACAAGGUUGUCAAUGUUUGCGCUGAGAUACUGCAUGAAUUUUUGAGAAAAGACUAUGGAGGACCAGGAACAUUAUUGGUGGAGCCUUUCACAUACAUGUUAAUCGCUCUCAAAGACAACGAUUUGCCUAAUGCUUCUUUGGUUGCUCGAGCAUCCUUGCUAUGGGCUCAAAAUUGUAUUGAUCAAGACUGGAAAUUCUGGAAUUCAACUUGCUAUGAUCAAGCUACUAGUUUGCAGGGCACACCAGCUCAUAAGCUGGGUAUAAGGUUAAACAGUCCGGAAGAAAAUGCCUAACAUAUUGUUGGAACGAGGAUUUGAAUCCUGAGCAAUGCCCUGAAAUUCGGGAUAAUACUCCACUGAGCUACUACCUCUCUCUCCAAUUUUUUUUUUUUUUAUAUAUAAUGAAUAUAAUACUUCGGUGUGUUUAUAUUAUUUGGUUGGGUUAGGCUAUAUAUGGCUUAUUCUUGUAUGUAAGCAACUCAUGUAAUAAACUCCAUUAUUUUUAAUCUGAAUUCUUUGUAUUUUUGCACUA